UCAAGUUGGGACGGAUUAUUUAAUGCAUUUGAAGUCCCAGGAUCGAAACUGUACCGCAUCACUGUAUGUCGGAGAAUGGAGGAGUUGCAGGGUGAGGAACAAGUGCUUGUGAAUGCCAGCAUCAAAGGUGCACCAGUGGCUGUGCGCAAAGGUUUCGUUCAGAAGGUUUAUGGCAUCCUCACGAUGCAGUUGGCCCUCACUGUCCUGAUAGCAACGGAAAUUGUUCUUCUUGCUGGUGCAUCAGGCGAUGUUGCUGCUUGGAUCACGAGACAUGAAUGGCUCCUUUGGGUUUCAGUUUUUGGAACCUUUUCCGUAAUGUGUUGUAUGCUAUGCUGCAGAGACCUCAUGAGGAGAUUCCCAACGAACUACAUUUUCCUGUUCACCUUCACUGCCUUUGAGGCAAUCCUUAUAGGCUUGGUUAGCACAAUGUUUACUCCUCAGAGUUUGCUCCUGGCUGCUGGUGUCACCACUUUGAUCUUCUUGGCACUGACGGUGUAUGCAAUGCAGGCGAAUACCGACUUCACAGGUUCUGCGCCCUAUUUAUUUGCUGGUUUUUUGGCGCUGUUCAUAUUUGGUCUUAUCCUGGGGUUGCUUCCCUUGAUGGGGGUCCCUAUCUCCAUCAGCACUGCCAUCUAUGAUUGUUUGGGCGUUCUGUUGUUUUCCUUUGCCAUCAUUUUUGAUACCCAGCUGAUGCUUGGCGAAUGGGGAGGACACAAGGUGGCAGUUUCCAUUGAUGAAUACGUGUUCGCCGCUUUGAAUCUCUACAUGGACAUCAUCAACAUAUUCCUUCAUGUGCUUUCUCUUUUUGGUGAGCGGCGGCGGUAGAGACCACUGCGUCAAGCAUGUACUGUGAUUUGAUGUGAUUUGAAUAUAGUUGAAUCUUGAGUUUUUGCCUGGUUUUGCCUUCUCAAAGACCCGGAUGUCACACAAUGGCGGCGGAAAGAAGACACACGCUGUCACACCGUCGGCGGAAA